GAUGGCAAUGCAAGGUUCAGUCAUGGUUAUUGGAGUAUCUGGACUAUUAAGUGCUUUUUCCCCAGUUUACAUGUCCCUGAUUAUGUAUCGUUGUUUUCUUGGAUUUGGUGUGGGCGGUGUACAUGUAUUUCCAGCAUGGUUCCUGGAGUUCAUUUCGACUUCUAAUAGAGGUGCUUGGUUGCUAGUUAUUUCAACUUUCUGGACACUUGGAUCAAUAUUGGGGGCUUCACUUUCAUGGAUUGUCAUUCCAAGCUUGGGUUGGAGGUGGCUACUUGGUUUGUCUUCUAUUCCAGCUUUCUUGGUUCUUCUCUUAUCCUGUUUUGCACCAGAGUCUCCAAGAUACCUAUAUACAAAAGGCAGAAUUACUGAUGCACUGGGA